AUGUUAUCAAGAAGAGGCACUACAAUUGGAUGUAUCAUCAAGCUGGGAACAAGUAGGGAAAGCACAAGAACAAAUAUCCCAUCUCGAAGAAGGUUCUUCAGUGGACAACCUUCUCCAUCAUCCUCAAACCCACUUCGUCCCUCCACACCUGUCCAAGUGAAGGACAAGCCAAUCGGAACGAGCAUCGCAGCAGCAGAACAUGCGAAGCAUACCACGUCCCAAAUCAUCGAACAUAGACCCUAUCAACAAGAUUCGUUAGAUGCCUGUCUGGACGCGCUGAGUCGUGGCGUCUCUAGGAUUGGAGUCAGCUUACCCACAGGAAGUGGGAAGACGACUGUAUUUCUCAAUCUGAUCCACAAAAUCUCGGGCAAACGAGUCGAUUCCAAUGAAACCCCGUGGAGAGCGAUGGUCAUUGUGAAUAGUGUUGAGCUCGCACAUCAAACAAUACGCCAAUUGAAAAAAUUGUUCCCUAAUACAUUAGUCGGCACAGAGCAAGGUGCAAAGCACUCAUCUGAAGAUGCGGAGGUAGUUGUAGCAACCUACCAAAGUUUGCACUCCAAAGAACGAUACAGAAAAUUCGAUCCUGCUCACUUCAAAUGUAUUAUAGUUGAUGAAGCCCAUCAUGCCCUGUCAUCCUCGUACCUGCAAAUCCUUUCUUACUUCAACCGGGAUAUUGAUCAUCAAAAUAGUCCUCGAUCGGACAACUCUGAUAAUCUUAAACCUCAUCAAGUGCCCAUCAUUGGGUUUUCCGCGACGUUUUCAAGGCACGAUCGAUUGGCUUUGUCGACAGUCUUUGAAGAGAUUGUAUACCAUUACGAGCUGAGGGAUAUGAUCCAGGCCGGCUGGCUUGCCCCUGCUCGAUUCACAUCCGUAAAAGUGGAUAUGGAUCUCAGUCAAGUCGCGCUGACAAGUGGUAAAGAGCCAGAUUAUGUCCCGGAUCGAUUGGCAGAAGUCGUAGACACAGAUCCAAUCAACCAACUUUUGGUCUCCAUUUAUCUCGAGCGAGCUGCAAGCCGCAAAUCGACUUUAAUUUUUACGAUCAACAUCCUCCAUAUGUAUCGGUUGGCGAACAAAUUUCGAGAGGCUGGGAUUGACGCACGAGUAAUCUUUAGCGGCACACCCCCAUUAGAGCGUAAGAUACUACUGGACGAGUUCAGAUCCUCAAAGUUUCCAGUUUUAGUCAAUUGCGCCGUCUUGACCGAGGGAGCAGAUGUUCCAAAUGUUGAUUGCGUUAUCCUGGCCCGUCCAACCCGCUCAAGGACUUUGUUGACACAAAUGAUCGGCCGAGGGUUGAGGAAGUCCUCUGGGACCGGUAAAACUGAUUGUUUGUUGAUCGAUAUCUUUGGGAGUGUCGAGAGAGGUGUCAUAGUAAAUCCCUCAUUGGAAGGGCUUGACCCUAACCUCAUAGAUAAUGGCCAUACCGAAGAAUCAGGGCACCUUGAUGGCGUGGCGGCGGUUACUGAGGACUUGGAGGAAGCAGAUCCCCAGCAUACCCCUUCAGAAUCGGUCACAGUAAACCGUUAUACCUACACCGAUUUCGAUUCUCCUUUUAAGAAUGAACCCGACUACAAAAACGUUGGGGAUCUCUAUCGACUUACACGAUACAGUUGGGUGGCUUGUGGCGAUGGGAUAUUUGUACUAGAGCUGUUAGGUCAAGGACAUUUGCGAAUACAAACCGAACGAGAGGAAACGGGCGAUAUACGCUACGUGAUAUACUUUGUGCAUACAAUGCAGCGUACAGAUCCAAGCAACAACGAAUCAAGUCGAAUCUUCACUAAGCCUCAACUUAUUGGCACUGCAGAAACCAUUCCGGACGCGAUCAAGACUGCAGACGCGUUCUUGGGGAAAGCCACUAAAACGAAAAAAUCUGGCUUGUCGUUGGGUAUCGUCCGUAGCCUGGAAAGAAGAGCGUCGUGGCGGCGUUUACCUGCGAGUGAACAACAAAUUACGAUCAUUAAGAAGAGGUUAGGAUCCAAAUUGCUAGAAGGUCUCGCUCAGGAUUUCGAUCAUUUGGAUAAAGGACAGGCCGCCAACCUAUUAACCAGAUUAAAUCAUGGUUUCAAAUCUCGUUUGAAUCGACAGCUCGUUCAAAAUUCUCGGAUCCAGAAAACCUUAGAAAAGCGCAAUAACGCUCAGAUCAAAGUUGGAAAACUGAUGGAUCCUUGACCUCAAGCACAGCUAUUCAGAGAAACCGAUAGAUAGGAAAGAGAGGAAAGCUGCUAUCAGGGAAGAGAUAUCAUCAAUGUGCCGCAAAUCUUUGUGUUACAACAGAGUCAUCACGCACAACUGUGCUGGAAUUUGUAGUAACCCUUAUUAAUCCAUCUAUGUAUGUCGUCUGUAAACUAUUUGACUCCCCAUA